AUGGCGAGGAUACACCUUUACUCCUGGAUGACUCUGUUCGCGGGCACAUUCGCCCAGCUACAAACAUUUUCGCCACCUGGCCAGAGCUUUAUCAGCUACAGUGUUAAUAUACCCCAAACUACGGCCUCCUCCGGUUCCGGACCAAUUUAUAUCCAGCUGAAAUCAACGCAAGAGCUUCAAUGGUUUGCAUGGGGUCAGGGUUCUCGGAUGCAAGGAGCGAAUAUAUUUGCUGUUUAUGCAUCCCACGACGGCAAUAAUGUCACUGUCUCUCCAAGGUUGGGAGUAGAACAUGUCGAGCCGACGUAUAAUAGCCAGGUUCAGAUCUCGGUCUUGGCUGGCAGCGGGAUCAGCAAUGGAGUCAUGACCGCGAACAUCCGGUGCGACAGCUGUCUCGCCUGGCCAGGAGGAAGUGAAAAUCCGAACAGCUCAGCUAGUCCAUGGGUUUGGGCUGUGAAAUAUGGCCAACUGCUCAACUCAGACAGCCUCUCUCAACCGAUCACCAUACACGAUACUUCGGGUGUUGCAGUUCUUGACCUUCAAAAAGCGACCGGCGGCGCAUCCGACAAUCCUUUCUUAGCAUCAAAUAAUUCAAACAGCGCUGGGCAGGCGCUCACGAUCUUUGAUACUGGAAACAUUGCAAGUCGCAGAGUAGCACAUGCUGUUCUCAUGAUCCUCGUCUUCGUCAUAUUCUUCCCGUCGUUUGCGUUGAUGCUUCACACCGGCGCACAUUCCAGGAUUGUUGAUAUCCAUGCUUUCUUCCAGCUUUUCACUCUGGCCUUGGCGAUUUCCGGGUUUGGUAUCGGCAUCUCGUUGGCAAAAGCCCUCCAUCUGACUGGGACCUACCAUCCGAUCAUCGGGAUGGUGGCUGUUCCUGCCCUCAUUCUCUUCCAGCCGGCUAUGGGCUUUCUUCAACACAGAUACUUUCACAAAACCGGAAAGAAGAGUGUCUUUGCCUACUUGCACCGGUGGUUUGGCCGUUCUAUUAUAGUCCUUGGUAUUGUCAAUGGUGGACUGGGAUUUCACCUGGCACGGAAAGUUACUUCAACUGCCCCAGUCGGCGCAAUAAUCGCAUAUAGCGUGGUAGCUGGAAUUGUCGGGCUCGUCUAUGCCUUGGUGAUUAUCGUCUUACCUUUGAGAAAGCAGAGAACGUCGAGUCCUUGA